AAUUCUUCUUCCUAAAUCCCUCUGCAUAAAAUGUACGGUGUAGCUCGAUCACGAUUCCGAAUUACGAGAAGCUAUCGGCGUUUUUUGUCGACCGCUCUUCUCCAUGACCAGCCUCCUCCUUCGCCUCCUCUCCCUGAACCUUCUUCCGCCGCCGCGGCCGCCGGAGCUGAGAACAAGUCAUGGAAUUUUCUCAAGUACAGCCUUGUUGCUGCCCUCACCGGCGGUGCUGCCACUGCUGGUUAUGCUACUUACGCAUAUUCGUUGACCGAAGUUGAGGAGAGGACCAAGGCUUUGCGUACAUCUGCAAACUAUUCUGUUGGUGAUAGUGCAUCUGGUUUUGAUAAAUUUCAAGCUUUGUUGUACUCCUCUGCAAUGACAGUGCCUGCCAAGUUAGUUGAGCUUUACCUAGAUCUAAGGCGCUUGACUGAAGAACAAGUUCGAGAUUAUAGUGAACCAUCAUCAGACAAGCUCCUGCCAGAUUUGCAUCCAUUGGAGCAACAUGUCUUUACCAUUGUUCUUGAUCUAAGUGAGACAUUGGUCUACUCUGACUGGAAGCGUGACAGAGGCUGGAGAACAUUUAAAAGACCCGGGGUUGAGGAUUUUCUGGAACACUUAGCUCAAUUUUUUGAGAUAAUUGUGUACUCUGACCAACAGAACAUGUAUGUCGAUCCUAUUGUCGACAGAUUGGAUUCAAAGCAGUGUAUUCGGUAUAGGCUAUCAAGGGGAGCAACUAAAUAUGUGGGUGGCAAGCAUUACAGAGACCUUUCCAUGUUGAAUAGGGAUCAAUCAAGGAUUAUAUAUAUUAGUGGUAACGCAUUAGAAAGUAGCCUUCAGCCAGAGAACUGUGUAGAAAUAAAACCAUGGAAAGGAGAUGUGGAAGAUACUACACUUUUAGAUCUUAUUCCAUUUCUUGAAUAUGUUGGAAAACAUAGGCCAGCUGAUAUUCGAACUGUAUUAGCUUCAUACCAAGGACAUGAUAUUGCAAAAGAGUUUAUUGAACGAUCGAAGGAGCACCAUAGGCGUAUGCAAGAGCAAAAGCAGACCGGUCGCCUCUGGCGUCGCUAGUGUUAAUUUUUGGAAG